UGCACCAGCAAUUACGCCCAGUUCGUUCAAAUGAGUAAUUAACGGACCUUAGGAAAAGAUAGCAGGAUGAUAAUGGCGAUAAUGUGAUCGUCGGCAUUUUGGGGCUCGCGCGAGUUAGCGGCUGCGGCGUCAGACGAACACGGGCUGAGGGAGGCCGGGCUGCCGCGCACAGGCUGCAGCGCGCGUCAGUGAGCCGUUGACGAGGCGCCGAGAGACGCACGCACAGCCCGGGGCUCCGACAUGGCUCAGGACGGAGCAGACAUGACGGAGGAAACCGAGUGCAUGAUAGACAGAGACGCGGCGAGGAAGCCGGCGAGCGGGGAGUCUGCCGGGAACGCGAAGGAGAUGCGGGCGGUGGUGUUGUCGGGCUUCGGGGGGCUCAACAAACUCCGAGUCACCAAGAAGCUGAUGCCCGAGCCGCAGCGUGGCGAAGUGAAGAUCCGCGUCAAAGCAUGCGGUUUAAACUUCCUGGAUUUGAUGGUUCGUCAAGGAACUAUUGACAAUCCUCCUAAACCUCCGCUUGUUCCUGGCUUCGAAUGCUGCGGGAUCGUGGAGUCCGUGGGUGAAAACACGCAAAGAUUUGAGAUCGGAGACCGAGUGGUGGCUUUUUCCAAUUACAACGCCUGGGCGGAGGUUGUCUGUACCCCGGAGGAGUUUGUCUACAAACUGCCGGACGAAAUGACUUUCGCGGAAGCCGCCGCGUUCGCGCUGAACUUCGUCGCCGCCUACAUGAUGCUCUUCGAGGUGGCCAACCUCCGGGAGGGAAUGUCGGUGCUGGUGCACUCAGCCGGUGGUGCUGUCGGUCAGGCUGUGGCUCAACUGUGCUCCACCCUACCCAACGUCACCGUCUUCGGGGUCGCCUCAAGUUCCAAACACUCCGCCAUCAGAGAUUCGGUGACUCAUCUCUUUGACAGGAACGCCGACUACAUACAGGAAGUCAAAAAGAUAUCUUCAGAGGGAAUAGACAUUGUGCUGGACUGUCUAUGUGGGGAAAACACAGGAAAAGGCCUCAGUCUCUUGAAGCCCCUGGGAACGUACAUCCUCUACGGCGCAUCGAACAUGGUUACUGGGGAGACAAAGAGUUUCUUCAGCUUUGCAAAAUCCUGGUGGCAGGUGGAGAAGGUGAACCCCAUUAAACUGUAUGAGGAGAACAAAGUCAUGGCAGGAUUCUCGUUGCCCAACCUCCUCUUCAAGCAAGGACGAUCGGAUUUGGUGAAAUCGGUGAUGGACAAACUGCUGUGCCUCUACAACCAAGAGAAGAUCAAGCCGCUGGUGGAUUCUCUCUGGGCUCUGGAGGAAGUUAAAGAGGCCAUGCAGAGAAUUCACGACAGAGGCAACAUUGGAAAACUCAUUCUGGAUGUCGAGAAGUCGCCGACUCCUUUGAUGGCCAGUGACAGUACUGAGACAAGCGAAGCGGGGGAGGAAGAAGAGGAGGCGGAGGGGGACAAUGACUGCAAAGAGCGCAUGCCUUUUAUCCAUUAGAGCUAACCGAACAUGCCGUGAGGUGUCCCUCGCGGGGUUACCUUGUGAGGUCGCGCUGAGCGAGUUGCGCAGUGUUUGUGCACGUAAUGUACUCAUUUUAGCAUUCAUCUCAUUUGUUACCUGUUGCUACUUGCAGAUAAGAGUGUUGGUGAAAGGAUGUUUUUUGUUACGCAUGUGUAAAGUAUGAAUUGCAUUGUUAUGCGAUGUAUUUUUUUAAACGAUCUAGUGAGUCACUUUAAUUCAUAAUGUGAGUUAUUAAAAUGCAGCUAACCCCGCUGACCUGCUUUAAGGAUUUAACAUGUACUGUAGUCCGUUUUCUAUUUAGUAGAAAAUCUAUGUUUAACAAAACAUAUGCUAACAAUCAUCCCUGUACUUGAUGAUGGCAAAUGAAGUGAAAUAUUAGUUAGGGCAGAAAUUCAUACAUCCAGAGAAUGUUAUUUUUAAGCAUCCCAAUUGGUGCGCACCUUGUUGUGUCAUGGGAUCACACGUGCCUUGUGUUUGAUAAUUGAAAUGUUUUCCCUAAUGUCAGACUACCAAGAGAACACAUUUACUGUCUUUAACUAGCGAAUUAAGACCCGCCAAAAAUAAUCAUGUUGUACACUGAGAAUGACGUUUAGUGAGACCUUUGUACACAGCAAUUGGAUUGAUGAAAAUCAGUUUUAUCCAUCCAUCCAUUAUCUAUAGCUUUUCCAGGUCCGGUCACAGGGGAAGUAGCUUCAGCAGGUAUACUCAGACUUCCUUUUCCCCAGCCACUUCUUCCGGGUCUUCCGAAGAGAUCCCGAGUCGUUCCCAGGCCAACCGAGAGACAUGGUCCCUCUAGAAUGUCCUGGGUCACCCUCGGGGUCUUUUUCCGGUGGGACGUGUCCGUACCACCUCACCAGGGAGGCAUCCGGGAGGCAUCCGGAUCAGAUGCCCCAGCCACCUCAUCUGGCUCCUCUCAAUGCGGAGGAGCAGGAGCUCGACACUGAGCCCCUCCUGGAUGACCGAGCUUCUCACCCUAUCUCGAAGGGAGAGCGCGGACACCCUGCGGAGGAAACUCAUUUCGGCCGCUUGUACCCGGGAACUUGUUCUUUCGGUCAUGACCCACAGCUCAUGCCCAUAGGUAAGUUUAGGAACUUAAAUCGACUGGUAAAUUGAGAGCUUUGCCUUUCGACUUAGCUCCCUCUUUACCACAACGGACCGAUACAAAAUCUGCAUCACUGCAGUCGCUGCACCGAUCUUUCUGUUGAUCUCCCGCUCCAUUCUUCCCUCACUCAUGAACAAGACCCAAAGAUACUUGAACUCCGCUACUUGGGGCAGGUUCUCAUCCUCGACCCGGAGGGGGCAUGCCACGCUUUUCCGACCGAGGACCAUAGCCUCGGAUUUGGAGGUGCUGAUUCUCAUCCCCGCCACUUUCAGUUUUAUCAUGAAACCUUUACCAGCACAAGUUUUAUUUAUAACUUGGUUACAUAAAUGGUGAUAUUUAUAAAACACUGGGAACCAUCAGGACAUGAUUUGAAAAGACAAAGUUUCCAUCCAUUCAUUUUCUUUCCCCUUAUCUGAGAUUGUGUCCUUGGGGCAGUAUCUUUAAUAGGGAAACCCAGACUUCCCUUUCCACAGUCACUUCAUCCAGCUCUUGCGGGGGGAUCCCAAGGCGUUCCCAGCCCAGCCGUGACAUGUAGUCUCUCCAGCGUGUCCUGGGACGUCCUGGGAUCUCCUCCUGGUGGGACGUGGCCGGAACACCUCACCAGGGAGGUGUCCAAGAGGCAUCCAAAUUAGUUGCUUAAGCCAACUCAUCUGCCUCUUCUUGGUGCUACUUUGAACCCCUCCCGGAUGACUGAGCUUCUCACACGAUCUCUAAGGGAGAGCCCAGACACCAUGCGGAGGAAACUCAUUUUGGCCGCUUGUAUCUGGGAUCUUAUUCUUUCGGUCACAGCCUACAGCUCAUGACCAUAGGUGAGUGUAGGAACAUCGGUCGACUCGUAAAUUGUGAGCUUAGCCAUUAAGCUUAGCUCCUUCUUCACAACAUUGAACUGAUACAAGGUCAGUAUCACUGUAGACGCUGCACCGAACUGCCAGUCGAUCUUCCGUUCCAUUCUUCCCUCACUCGUGAACAAGACCCCAAUAUACUUGAACUCCUGCACUUGAGGCAGGAUCUCAUCCCCAACCCAGAGAGGGCACGCCACCCUUUUCCAACUGAGGACCAUGGUCUCAAAUUUGAAGGUGCUGAUUCUCAUUUUAAACACUUCACACUCGGCUGUAAAUCACUCUAGUGAGAGUCAGAGACCACGGCUUGAUGAAGCCAAUAGAACCACAUCAUCUGCAAAAAGCACAGAUGCAAUAUUGACGCCACCAAAACGGAUGCCCUCUAUCCCUCGGCUGCGCCUACAAAUUCUGUCCACAAAAGUUAUGAACAGAAUCAGAAUCACCUUAGCAUAGUCUGACUGUCAAUGGAAAGAAAUACAACAAUGCGAACCGAAUUCUGACACUAGUUCUCCAGAGACAAAAGAGCCCAUAUCAGUGGGUUCGUUAUCCCAUACUCCCGAAGCAUCCCCAGUUAUCUUCCUGAGGGACACAGUCAUACACCUUCUCCAAGUCUACAAAACACAUGUAGACUUGUUUGGCAAGACUACCAUUCACACUUUAGGACCCUGACGUUGGUGUAGAGCAGGUUCGCCGUUCCACGGCCAGGUCACAAAUCACACUGUGCCUCCUGAUUUUGAGAUUUGACUUACCAACGGAUCCUCCUCUCCAGCACCCUUGAAUAGUCCUAACCAGGGAGACUGAUGAGCCUAAUCCCCCUGUAGUUGAAACACCCAAUCUGCUAUUGCAGAGGCACUGUCCCCAAUGUCAAAGCGACGUUGCAGAGACGUGUCAACCAGGACUUGCUCACAACAUCCAGAGCCAUUCGGAACUUUGGGCGGAUCUCAUCCAACAACCCCUCAAAAUAUAUUUCAGUCUGCCAGGUCAGACCGGCAUCUUGAGAAUAUCAUGAGAAAACAAUAUGAGAAAUGAAAAUAAAUCAGACUUUCUGUUUUAAAAAAAAAAAGUCUUAGAGGAUGAGGAGGAUUUCUUCAGUCAGACUGCCAUUUGGGAAAACCUUUUAUUACCUGUCUGACCAAAGUUACUGUAUUGACUUUCUGGUGCCUCAAUACAAACGUGGCCUGAGAAAAUGCUUAUUUUUAGAAUAAACAUAACCCAUCAACGUUUCAAAAAUGUCAUCAAAUGCAGGGAUUACUAUUUAGAGGCCCUGAUUAUUCCCAUGUAUUAUGUAAUGUUUUUAAUGUGUGUGUGCCAUGUAACAGAAAACUUGAAUCAAACUUUCACAAUGCCAGAUGUUACAAGUGUACAGGAAGUACCAACUAAUUGAAAACAAGCUGUUAAACACACCAUCAGCUCAUUAAAAUCAAAACUAACUUAGGAAAUACCCAACAUGGUCGAAAUUCUUUCUAGAUUUAACCAAGAAAUUUGUGUAAAGUAGCUCAUCACUUUUGAAAUAAAUCUGAGUAUCAAGUAAAAAUAUAUAUGAUAUGUGUGCUUGUAAGAGAAAAGGAAAAGGCGCAUGUUUUGGUAAUUUUUGCAUAUGUAUGUGUUAAUGUGACGUCCAAAUGGGGGGAAAAAAGGAAAAGACGAGUAUCUUGGUUUAUUUUUGGUUCUUUCUUAUCUGUGGUUGAGUAA